AUGGCUAACUUGCCGCCACGUAAAAAUCCGACACCCACACGGAUAUCUAAACAACAUUUAACUCCCAUCCAGACCUUAUUGCAAAUGGGCUUCCAAAAACACAGGGCCGAAAAAGCUUUGGCUUCCACAGGAAAUCGUGGUGUACAAAUAGCAUCCGAUUGGCUAUUGGCCCAUGUCAAUGAUACCACACUAGAUGAAUGUACACCACGGGAAUAUAUACUUUAUGCUUGUCCAACCGGACCAUUUCUACAACAAUUAGAAGAUUUUUGGACAAAAUCAAGGCAAUUAUGUGGUUGGAAUGGAGCCCACAACUAUGUGCCGCACAUAACAUUGGUUUCCUUUUUUAAGGCACCCGACGAAUGUUCACUGCAAUUGUCGAAGGCACUAAAACAAGUUGUCGACAUGACCGGUGCACUUCUGGAUCGUCCCAUAAAAUUGGAAUUAUAUAUGAGUCAAAAUUUCAUGGGUUUCUUUGUGGCUGAAGAUGAUGCAAACUAUUUAAAACGUUUGGCCCUGCAAUAUGUUAAGGAAGUCUCCAAUUCAAUUAUUAGCGAUACAUAUGAGCAACUUGAUGCAAUAGUUGCUUGUUUUCCCUGGUGUGGUGCGGUUUCUUCGGGAAAUCGUUGUAUUCCGCGUAGCAGUCGCUCAAUUUCGUUGGAGCCUCACGUCAAAUCCUUGCACCUGACUUUAGCGUAUCAAUUUCCGCAGAGCCAAUUCAAUGCACUGAAAACUUUAGUGGAAUCACUAGACGCAUCAUGUGCCUCCAACUGGGAAUUACGUUUAUAUUCACGUGAUCCCAGAUUGGCUACCAAACAAGUUCACAAAGUUGUCUAUCCACACAGUCCACAUGAAAUCGAUGAACUGGAAUUGCGUAUUGGUGAUUAUAUCUAUUUGAAUAGUGACGCAGUGGACAACUCCUCAGACGGUUGGGCCGAGGGUAUAUCGUGGUUGACGGGAGCACAGGGUCAUUUGCCUGUUAAUUAUACCGAACGUACAGCCGAAUCGGAUGCAUGGACCUUGCAUCGUGUGGUUCAGCUAUCAAAAUCAAUAACGCCUUCCCUGACAUCAAAUGAAGAAUGUGAUUUAGUGGAUGGACGCAGUUUAUCAACAGAGACCGAAGACCAUUUGAGACAUCGUGAUUUGGCCCAGGUUGGCAUACACGCUUCCGAACUAAUAGAAGGCUCAUCGUUUAACGAAGACUCCGAACAGAGUGUUGAAAAAUAUUUACGCAAAACUUUAAAACCCUGUUUGGACAUACCAACAAUAACAAAUAAUCACAACUCCAGCAAUCAACAACAGCAGGCCACACCCCUUAUUGAAAUUACACCCAAUAGUAUGUCAACGCCAAAUGCCAGUGGUGACAUUAAAGUUGAGCCCAUACCAGCUGCUCCACCCAAAGCGGAUGAUACGCUCAGUCAACAUUCGGCCGAAAAUUCCAUGUCAUUAUCAUCGAAAAAUCGACGUGUUUAUAUAAUGCGUCAUGGUGAAAGGGUGGAUUUUACAUUCGGCACAUGGAUACCAUAUUGUUUUGAUGAAUUCAAUAAUUAUAUGCGCAAAGAUUUGAAUAUGCCAAAAACGCUGCCAAAAAGAAACAAUAUUCCAGAUGGCUGGCUUAAUGAUUCGCCUUUGACAAAUAUCGGUUUAUACCAGGCCAGCCUAAUCGGAGAGGCUCUGUACGAUGCCCGGGUACAAAUUGAUCAUGUCUAUUGUUCGCCGGCAUAUCGUUGUAUACAGACCUGUACAAGCGCUUUAGAAGGUCUCAAGCUAACGGGAAAACAUAAAAUAAAAUUGGAACCUGGUCUAUUUGAAUGGAUGGCAUGGUAUCCAGAUGGUGUACCAGAUUGGCUAACAAAAGACGAAUUGCUAGCGGCUAACUAUAAUAUCGAUACCGAAUAUCAACCCUUUGUCACCAUCAAUAAUCUAAACGAAUCAAUUAAAGAGACCACAGAGGGAUUUUAUACACGUAACUAUGACGUUUUAAGGAAAAUUAUCGAUUCAACAGCUGGUAAUGUCCUCAUUGUUGCACAUGCCACCACCUUAGAUACAUGUACCAGGCAAUUAAUUGGCGAGGCGCCACGUAACACAAAUGAACUGCGUCAGGUAAUACAUAAAAUACCCUAUUGUAGUUUGGCAAAUGUCGAAGAAAUCGAUGGCCAAUGGAAAUUGGUUGAACCAGAUACAUUACCAGUGACACAUUCGAAAAAUCCGCGUUUCGAAUGGAAUGCAUUAACCGCUACAUAGUGCAAGUGUUUUGAGGAGUUUAUUAGUAAACUUUCAUCCUAAGUAGAAAUUAAUACGCUCCAA